AUGAUAACUACGUUAAGUUCUGUGUUGGCUGUGCUGGUUGUCAUCGCACAUCCUGACGAUGAAAUCAUGUUUAGUGGUUUCAUUCAUGCUCUUACACAUAAACUCAAUGCUACGGUUGAUCUUGUAUGUGUAACAAAUGGUGAAGGUGGUUUUAAAUAUGCGGGACCGUCUGAAUCCCUCUACGGAAAUAUGAAAUUAUCAAACGAAAUUAUUGGCAGAAAACAUUUGCCACGCAUACGUCAACAGGAACUAUUUGAUAGUGGACGAAUAUUGAGUAUUAGAAAAUAUUUCUUUUAUGAUCAGAUGGAUUUGCAAUACAAUCGAGAUGCCAAUAUAGUCUUUGCAAAUCAAUGGGAUAAAGAAUGGGUAAUCAAACAAUUUCAGCAAACAAUCAAGAAUGGAAACGGUGCUGAUGGUUAUGAUUUAAUGGUUGUUAUACUUCCAAAUAUCAAUUCGCAUGGUCAUCAUACAGCAUCAGGUUUGCUUGCACUCGAAGCUAUCGAUCGUUUACAACAAAUGAAGUCAGUGAAUAUACGCAUACCAACAAUUAUUGGUGGAUCGCAAUUUGUUUUAACUGAAUCGCCAACAUAUCCUGAAAAUCCACUUGCUGAAAUUUUAAUGAACAUGACGGCAUUCGAAUUUCGUUUCCAUCUGACAUGGAAAUUGAGUGAAUCAUCGAUUGUUGAUUACAGAACGAUUCGUCUUUGGACGGCUGCUGAACACAAGUCUCAAGGCAGUCUCAUCAAUGGACUAUUGUCGGGAUAUGAUCUUGAUGUAGAGCAGUAUUUUUAUUUUGCUAUUAACGAACGAAACGGUGAUAAAGAACGCCUUCCAAUGAUCCAAAAUCUAUUCGCUCAACUUUUUGAAAUACAUCAAAGCAAUAACACAAAAUAG